AUGAAGAAUUUUAUUCUAUUAGUUUUUUUAUUUUUAUUAGUUUCAAAUUCAUUGGGAAAAUCAAAUAAAAAAGAUGAUCAAUCACCAGAAAUUGUUAAAAUUAAUUCAAAUGACCAUUUACCAUUAUAUUAUGAAAUUAUAAUUAGUGGCCAUUUUUCUAUUGAUAAAACUGGAUUGACAGUAACAUAUUUGGGUGAUAAAAUACAUGAUUUUGAAUUUAUAAAAGGACAAGUUUUAAAUGUUACAGGUGAACCACAAAAUAAUCCAAUUCCAACUGUUUCAAUAAAUCCAGACCAAUUAAAUGAUGAUAGAUUUGAAGUUUCUGAUAGUUCUGAUUUUUCAAAACAAACACCAACACCAACACCAACACCAACAUCAAAGCCAACUUCAACACCAACAUCAACACCAUCACAAACUAUACCACCAACUGUAUCACCAACUGUACCACCACAAACUACCUCACCAACAUCAAAGCCAACCUCAACACCAACUCCAACAUCAACACCAACUCCAACCUCAACACCAACUCCAACAUCACAAACUAUACCACCACCAACUACCACACCAAAACCAACAAAAUCAUCAAAACCAACUAAAACACCAGUACCUACACCAACACCUACUAGACCAUCAUCAUCAGUUUCAAAAGGUUAUGAUAUAAUUAAAUUUAAUAUAACUGAUAUUGAAGAUAUUGAAAUGGGAAAGAUAACAAUUUCUUAUAAAAAUGGACAAAGUUCAAGUAAACAUUUUCAACCAAAUUCUAUAAUUAAAAGUAUUGAAAGAACAAAUAGUGUUGGUGGUGUUGUUGAAUUUAAAGGUAGUUUCUUUUAUACUGAUGAUUAUGAACCAAGUAUUAAAAUUGGUAAUAAAAUUUGUGAAACUUUAACAUCAUCUCAAACUUCAAUAAGAUGUUAUUUAACCAAUGGCACCGGUUGUGGAUACACUAUUACCAUUGAUAAUCUAUUAAAUCCAAUUGACAACAACGGUAAUUCAAACCUUACCUAUUGCUAUGCAAAUCCAAUAAUUGAUAAAGUAAUUGGGUACAAAGAUAAAAAACUUACCCUUAUAACUAUAAUUGGUAAAAACUUUUUAAAUAACGCUACUGUAAUUAUUGAAAAACCAAAUGGAAAUAAAAGAAAUUGUUCAAAUGUUUUAUUAUCAACUGACACAUUAUUCAUCUGUGAAUUAAGUAAAUCAUACCAUACUUUAUCAUCACCAAAAACCACCAAUACAACAAUGCUAUCAUUUAUAAAUAAUUCACCAAAUUCAACAGUUUCAAAUGAAAUAAUUGAAAUGAUUUCAGGAUAUUUCCAAAUUAAAAUUUCAACAAAACCAUCAACAACUGAUGAUGAUAAUAAUAAAAAUAAUGAUGAUGGGGAUAGUGAAAUUGAUAGUGUUGGGAAAUCUGCAGUAGAUUCUUCAAAAUCUAAUAAUAAUAGUGGUGGUGGUGGUAAUAAAAAAUUAUAUUUAUUAAUAAUAUUACCAACUGUAUUAUUCAUUAUUGUAGCAGCAUUAGUUGCAAUUUUCAUAAAGACAAGAGUAUCCCAAAAUAGUGGUUCAAAAGUAAACAAAAAUAAUAAUAAAAAGGAUAGUAUUAAUGUACCAUUCCAAAUGUUGGAUGAAAUCACCACAUAG